AUGGAGGUAUCAAAUACGACGGAUAAAGACUCUGAACUAGGGUUACAAUUGACAAAUGUAGAAAUUCCGCGUGAUAUCACAGAACAAGUUUUAAGAUUAGAUAGCAUUAAUACGAUUAAAGAGAUUGAUUCAUUGAAGAUGCUAAUUGAAUUACAAUUAGAAUCAUAUUUUGCAUUAUUGAAAUCCCAAGAUGUUACUAUGGAAUCCAACCUCAUAACAUCUGAUGGAUUUCCUCGUUCAGAUAUCGAUGUCUUACAAAUCAGACUAGUUAGAAAAAAUAUAAUUAUGUUACAAAAUGAUUUAAAAAAAGUGCUCGAUAAAUCUUACAUUUUAUUAAAUAAGCAUUUCGAAGAAUUAAAUUUAAAAAAUUCAGCUACUAAGAAUUCUAAUACAACAUCUUCUAGUAAUUCAAAUCCAGAUACUAUAGAAUCUAAGAUCCCAUUCUCUUUCAUUAAUGAAUUAAUAACAAAUGGGCCUAUGGAUAAAGCUGGAGCAAACUUAAAUGAUAAGAUCAUUAAAUUUGGUAGUAUUAAUGUAACGAAUCACCAAAACUUAAAAAAUCUACAAUUAGAGGUAUUGAAAUAUGAAGAUAAAACACUAAAUUUAACAAUUGAAAGAGAUGGGAGUAUCAUGGAAUUGAUUUUAAUCCCAACUCGAAAUUGGAAUGGUAGAGGAUUACUAGGCUGUAGGAUUCAGCAGUUAUGA